GUCUUAGAAGCAAAAAGGCCGUACGUAACAGAUAGAGGAAACUCUUGGGUUCACGACAGCCUCGGGUUUGCUGUCUACUCCCAUAUCAGCAGGUUCUGUUCCGUCUCGGCCUCCUCCCAUUCGCCUUGAUUACAGCUUGUUGCGGCCUGUAAACACUACUGUCAACGCCUCAGUCACACCUCCGGCCACUUUGCCCUCCAAGCCCGCAGAUGUUGCUCCAUCGGGCAACAAGAGCUCAGUCCCUACGGUCGAGACAGUCCAGCAGCCUCCUGCCACAAACGCAGCAGCUCUUCCCCCAUGCAACAAAAACAUCAGCUCGGUCCUGCUCGCAGCCACCGUCCCAGAGCGACAGGCCAAGACUUUGGCUGUCGGUCGCAUCGCUAAUGUUGCCAAGGCACUGGCCAUGGAUGAGGAUGACGACACCGGAAAAGCGUCGAGUGUGAUGAACCGGCCCAAGAAGACCACAAUCAGGACGUUUGUCGAGAAACUGCCAGGCGAAGACCUGAUGACGGCAAUGAGGCGUAUGGUAGCAGCCAGCCAAGGCCAAGGCCUGGCAAACAGCUCUCGAGGCAGGCAACUCGCUCGCGCCCUGGCUAUACCGGAGAGACUGGUGACCUUUCACGCAGAUGAUCGCUGUCAUAACUGCCGAGCCGGCGCGCCACCCUCGCAUAUGCCAGAGAACUGGGAACGCUGGCCGUGUAUGGCCCUUCUCGAGGUCGAUGGAGAACUCAAGUCGCGCUGUUUUGCCUGCGUCGUGCGAUGCGAGGGCAGCUGCAAUCCUAAGAUUCGACCCCUCGAGGACAAUGUGCGCCACUCUCCGCAGCCUCCAGCGAUUCCAAGGGGUUCCGAAGGUCUUCGUCAUACUUUGCCUAUCGGCGAAGUUAACGGAGAGGCUGCCACUCCUGCCCCGGCAUCGGUCGACAGUGGGUCUGUCGCGACUGCCACUCCGUCUGAGAUCCGCGCCGAUGCUCCUGAUGCCACCACGCCGGCGAAUAUGGAUGCUAUCAGCUCUCAGGCAGAAGCGGAUCUCGAGCAAGCGAAGGUCGAGCAAGCGAAAGUCGAGCAGGCCAAGGUCGAGCAAGCUAAUGCCGGGCAAGCCAAGGCCGAGCAGGCCAAGGCCGAGCGAUGGGCUAUCGAGUCGCAGUCCGGCAAGGCAGAGUGCGAUGAUCUCAUUCAAAGAUUAGAGAUGAUGAAGAAGUGGUACGACCAAAGGGAGUUGGAUGGCAUUACAGACACUUGGAGUGUGAUCGGAACCAAGGCCAAGGCUCAGCAGCGGUACUGCAGCAAUCUGAAGAGGAAAUUUUGAU